AUGUUCCGACCACGUAUCGAUCCAAACCUAGCCUCCGUCUUCAAGUUCACACCUCCCGGUCUCAUUCUCGAGCUGGCAUUGGGUCACAAAAGAGGAGGUUGGUAUCUCUUAUUUGCACGCCCAUAUCGAACAGCAGACAGUCGAGAGGUCACGCGCCUUGAUGCACACAGUCCAUGCUUGAAAAUCAAAGAUUUGAGCAAUUCCGAAGCGCCGCGGUUUUUGUUCGACCUGAAGACAGCAUCGGGAUGGGAACGAGAUGGGGAGAAUUUGUUGGAUUAUCUGUUGCUUCUUGGGUGCGGUCAUCCACCGGUGUUGAGAUGUCCGGUAGAUGGAUACGUGGACAAUGAUUCUGUUAUGGAAGUAGAAGUUCUUAUUCCUGAGCACCGUCUGGCGCAUUGGUGUGAGGCUUGCGGGAGCUGGGAGUCUGUGAGAGACAAAGAGCGCUGGAUAAAAGUCGAGCAGACGAAAUCGCCUCUUUAUCUCUGUCCCUCGGUAUGCCCUCGUCUAAUGGAAUGGCCGCCGUCAUUUACCCGACUUCCAGUGUUACGAGAAGGACUGGAUUCUUCCUCGGCUUGCUAG